UUAUCAACAAUGGCUGACGAAAAAAGUCCUUUAAUUUGUAUACCAGGACAACGACUUUGUUUAUCAAAUAAAUUAAAUUUACCUGGUCCUGGAACUUAUGAAGAAAAUGGUUAUAUUUAUUCAAAGUUAGUUGGUACAGUUGAAAUAAUUAAAGAAGAAAAUACAAAAACGAUAGUAGUUCAUGGUACAAAAGAACAGAGUGUUGUUCCAGCACCUGGUGAUAUUGUUACGGCGAUGGUAACACAAGUGAAUCAACGUUUUUGUAAAUGUAUAAUGAAGUGCAUUGGUGAUAUAAUCUUAACGCGAUCAUACAGAGGGAUUUUAAGAAAAGAGGAUGUACGAGCCACGGAAAAAGAUAGAGUAGAAAUGUAUAAAUCUUUCCGACCCGGUGAUAUUAUACUCGCUCGAGUUCUACCGAUGACAGAAGCGCACAUAUAUUCUUUAUCAACUGCGGAAAAUGAGUUGGGAGUAGUUUUAGCUCAUAGUGAAGAAGGUGUUUCGUUGAUUCCAAUCAGCUGGACUGAGAUGCAGUGCCCUAAAACAUUAACAAAAGAAUUUAGAAAAGUAGCAAAAGUUGUACCAGAAAAAGAUGCUAUGGAUAAAAUAAAUAAAUAA